AUCACGCUCUCAGCUGUUCCCAUCACAGAGCAGAAACGGGAAGAGACUUCAUGAAAAUCAAUUCAUCAACAAUACUUACCUGUUUCUGUGGAAAUAAGCACGCAGCAUCUCCACUAAACAUCAUCAGAGCUCAAAGUUAGUGGGAAGAUGAGGCCCCUCAAAGAUGCCCAGGUGGGGGCCUUCACCUUCUUUGCUUCAGCUCUUCCUCAUGACGUCUGUGGGAGCAAUGGCCUUCCUCUUACCCCCAACUCCAUCAAAAUCCUCGGACGUUUCCAGAUCCUCAAGACCAUUACUCACCCUAGACUCUGCCAAUACGUGGACAUUUCAAGAGGAAAACAUGAGAGGCUGAUUGUUGUUGCUGAACAUUAUGAAAGCAGUUUAAAUGAUUUCCAAAAACAGGGGAAAUCAGCCAGCCCGGAGAAGGUUCUGAAAGUUGCCUAUGAGGUCCUUGAAGGUCUGGAGUUUAUGAACAAACAUGGCAUGGUGCACAGAGCCCUCAGUGCGCAGAAUGUGCUCAUGGACUGCAAGGGAAAUAUCAAGCUGGCAAAGUUUGGCCUUUAUCACAUGACUGAUCAUGGAGCCGAUGUAGAUUUUCCCAUUGGGUACCCAUCAUACCUUGCUCCUGAGGUGAUUGCUCAGGGCUCCUUCCACCCCAGUGACUCAUUCCAUAACAACACUCCUCUGCCCUCAGGACCAAAGACUGAUGUGUGGUCACUUGGAGUUCUGCUCUUUGAAUUGUGCGCUGGCAGGCGACUGCUGCAGAAUAUUGAAAUAAGUGAGAGGCUGAAAUUUAUUCUGACCUUGGGUUGCAUGGACGACAUUGUUACUGUCCUUGCUGAGGAACAUGGUUGCCUGGAUACCAUUAAGGAGCUGCCGGAGAAUGUGCUGGAGUUGUUAAGGAAAUGCCUGACCUUUCUCCCAUCCAAAAGGCCGACCCCUGCAGAGCUGCUGGGAGACCUUGUGUUUAAUGGCGUCUCCUGCCUCUAUACGCCCUUCCAGAAGCCUGUUAGCCUGUUCUCCUCUUCUCUGCGCUGUGCACAUCUAGAGCUCCCUGAGGACAUCAGUGACCUUUGCAAAGAUGAUGAUGAUGACUACCUGUCUGAGCGGGCCAUUGAUGAGGUGUACCAUCUGUGGUGCCUGGCAGGAGGAGAUCUGGAGAAAGAGCUGACCAACAAAGAGAUCAUUCAGUCCAAACCUCCAAUCUGCACCCUGCCCAAUUUUGUCCUGGAAGAUGGGGAGUCAUUUGGCCAAGGAAGGGAUAGAAGUUUCUUGCUUGACGACACAACGGUGACACUGUCUCUGUGCCAACUCAGAAACAGGCUGAAAGAUGUAGCAGGAGAAGCCUAUUACCCUCUACUGGAAGACGAACAGUCAAAUUUGCCCCAGUCCAACAGCAGCAACGAGCUGUCGUCCACCGUCAAGCUGCCGCUCAUCAUCCGAGAGAGAGACACCGAGUACCAACUCAUCCGCAUCAUCCUCUUUGACAGGCUACUCAAGGCAUAUCCAUACAAAAAGAACCUUGUGUGGAAGGAGGCCAGAGUGGAUAUCCCCCCUCUUGUUCGAGGACUGGCAUGGGCAGCACUGCUGGGCAUUGAGGGAGACAUUCAAGCCAAAUAUGAGAGCAUAGACAAAGAUACUCCCAUACCGACGGACAGGCAGAUUGAGGUGGACAUCCCACGCUGCCACCAGUACGAUGAGCUGCUGUCGUCUCCUCAGGGCCAUAUCAAGUUCAGACGGGUGCUGAAAGCCUGGGUGGUCUCCCACCCUGAGCUGGUGUACUGGCAGGGUUUGGAUUCUCUUUGUGCUCCAUUCCUCUACUUGAAUUUCAAUAAUGAAGCCCUGGCUUAUGCCUGCAUGUCUGCCUUCAUCCCCAAAUAUUUGUACAACUUCUUCCUGAAGGACAACUCCCAUGUCAUUCAAGAGUAUUUGACUGUCUUCUCUCAAAUGAUUGCCUUCCACGACCCUGAGCUCAGCAACCAUCUGAAUGAGAUUGGCUUCAUCCCUGAUCUCUACGCUAUCCCCUGGUUCCUGACUAUGUUUACACAUGUGUUUCCACUGCACAAGAUCUUCCACCUGUGGGACACGUUGCUGCUGGGUAACUCCUCGUUCCCAUUCUGUAUUGGUGUGGCCAUACUGCAACAGCUGAGGGACCGACUUUUGGCAAACGGCUUCAAUGAGUGCAUCCUGCUCUUCUCUGACCUGCCAGAAAUCGACAUUGAGCGCUGCGUUCGAGAGUCGAUCAACCUCUUCUGCUGGACUCCAAAGAGCGCCACAUACAGACAGCACGCCCAGCCACCAAAGGCUGCUGGUGAAAACGGCUUUGGAAAAACAGCAACAUACUACUCUUCAGACUACCAGGACAUGCCCAAGACAGACCUGUCUCGGGAGCCCCUGGCGCUGUGUGACCUGAAAGCAGAAGUCUCCCCCAGGAUCUCGGCCGAGGACUUAAUCGACCUCUGUGAGCUGUCUUUGUCCGGGCCCAGCAAAAGGACCAAAGCCGGGAAACCUAAAAUCAUCGCUGUGGACAUCCGCAGUGUAGAGGACUUCAGCAGAGGCCAUAUAUCCGGCAGCAUAAACAUUCCCUAUAGCUCCGCGUUCGGCCCUGACAGCGAGCUGGUGCAGUGUCCUGCAACAGGAGCCCUCCAGAACUAUAGAGGACGUGUCAUUGUGGUCAUUAGCCACGUCAUGAAGAGUGCCUCUGUGUUUGCGUCACACCUAGUGAAGGUUAAUUUCCCACGGGUUUGUAUCCUGGAUGGAGGAAUAAACAAGCUGAAACCCACAGGACUGCUGACUGUCCCCUCCCCUCAGAUCUGAGCCUGUAUCUUAACUUCACAUUGACAAAAGGGAUGAGUGGAAAGCCUACUAAUAGUCUGUUGGACAGAUACUGAAAUGAGAACAAAACCAUUUUCAUCAAUGUAUGAAGACUUUUUUUUAAACAUAUAAACAAUUGUUCAAAAGAAACCUGUGUGAUUGAAUCAACUAAUAUACCUAACAGAUCCUGUGUUUUGUAAUUUUUUGUCUUAAAGUAAGAUUGAAUCAUUUAUUGUUGUCUGGAACAACCGCUUUGUGUUGUAGUAGCUUCACACUGAUACUGAGCCACUUGAUUUUGAGAAAUGUCUGAUGUACUCUUUAUUUUCUAUACAAGUACAAUCUAAUGCAAUCCAAACAGCUCUCCUGCCUUCAAGUCUAUUUGAUGGUGUCUGUUAUGCCCAGUUAUUGGAAAGUGUCAAGUAGCAUCCAUUCACUUACACAUGUAACCAUAUUCAAGGCUUGUUUUUGUAGCUGACUUAAUUACCUGUAGAGUUCUGUCAUAUUACAACCCUCCUAUAAAUUAGGAGAAGAAAAACAAAACAGAACAUACCUCUAAAUAUACUCAAGUAUCACACACAAACAGGAUUAUAUUCCGUAAAAUUACACAUUAAAACACUUGAAUAUAAACAUUUCUGACAAUGUGGUCAGACUUAAUGAUGUAAAGUUAGCACAUAAGGCAGAGCUGUUUUAAUGUGCUGUCAGAUUUUAAAGGUGCACCAAAUAAAGUGGCCACAAAGUGUGAAAGUCAAAUAACAGUGAUUUGUGCAUAACUGUCUCAUUUUUUAUAAAAACUAGUUACAUUUAUCCUGUUUGUAGUGCACAUGUCACUAAACUGUCUGUACAUGCGCUACUGUGUUUUGGAAAUUGGUUGACAUCAUGUCAGGUUCCUUGAUAAUUAAACUUGCUCACAGAAGUG